AUGAAGCAUCGCCACCGAUGUGGAGGAAGAUGGAUGAAGAGGAUGCUGACAAAACAAAUAAGGCCAAAUUGAGGCGACUUCCCGCACAGACCGGAAGUGCAAUGACGUCAUUGGCUGCUAUCAACUGAAAAAAAUAGAAAAGAACCUCAAGUGAAGAAAGACAGAAGGAGGCAAUAAGGCAAAGGAGGAGGACAUAACAUAGGGGCGUGGGCGUUUGAUGACAUCAGAAAGCAGACUGAUCAGGACAUGAAGUUCUUUUGUUUUAUUGUUCAAGUCAUUCAUAACAGUUAAUUGUGAUGAAGACCUAUGGAAAUAAGAGAUAGUGUGAAAAAAAUAUGACAAAAAUGAUUGUGACAGUUUGUUUAUUUAUGCUGAUCGAUUGUUAUGACUGAUUGUGAUGAUCAAUGAUGAUUAAUGAGAUCCUCCUCCUGGCGCAUCCGCGUCAGACAUGAUGACGCAGAGGCGGUUAAGUGAGGCAAUGCAGUUAGGUGACUGGAGUGUCACGUUUGCAUGGUACCCACGCCGAGGUUCAGGAUUGUUUAAACAGGGCGCAGUAAAAGUAGGUUGCGGGCCGAAGCUCGCUUGAGGCUUUCGUUAGUGAAAUUACUGAUCUGGUUGUAGGGAGGAUGUGAUAUUUUAAUACGACCUACAUAGGUUUUAUAUUAACACAUUUCCGAUUGUUGGGAGCUGUUUUUUGAUCGUUUUAUGAAAAUCAAUGUUUGAUUGCGAAACGCAACAGGCACUGCUGCAAAGGGGUCCUUGCUGCAGAACCAAUCAAAACUCGUAACAAUGUCACGUGACUGUAUGUCGCCCAAUGGCAUUCCUCCAACUCAGGAACUAAGAAGGAAAUAUUGCCUCGGGUCUAUUGACAACAACGGACUUUGUUCGCACUUGUCGGCUGUCACCGUGACAAUGAGGCGUGCGGGUGCAAGCGUGGCAAUGGCGCUGUUCGGCAUGGCGGCCAUGGCCCUUGCCUGGCCCAAAGCAGGUUCUGAGCACAGGUGCCAGUCGGGCCCGGCGGACCUGGUCUUCCUGAUUGACGGGUCGCGCAGCGUCCGCCCUCACGAGUUUGAGAGCGUGCGCAAAUUCAUGAUCGACAUCCUGGACACGCUGGAUAUCGGGCUCAACGGCACCCGAGUGGGCGUGGUCCAAUACUCCAGUCAGGUUCGCAACGAGUUCUCAUUGAACUCUUACGACAGCAUGUCUGGCAUGGUGGACGCUAUCCGCCGUGUGGUCCCGCUGGCGCAGGGCACCAUGACGGGCCUGGCCAUCCGGUACGUCAUGGACAACGCCUUCAGCCCGCCGCAAGGCGACAGGCCCCGGGUGCCCAAUGUGGUGGUGAUUGUGACGGACGGCCGUCCUCAGGACCGCGUAGCAGAGGUGGCGGCCGAGGCUCGCCAGAAAGGCAUCGAGAUCUUUGCCGUGGGCGUGGCCCGGGCCGACACGGCGUCCCUCAGGGCUAUGGCGUCGCCGCCCUUCAAGGACCACGUCUUCCUGGUGGAGACCUUUGACCUGAUCCAACAGUUUGGACUUCAGUUCCAGGAUAAACUCUGCGCCAUCGACUUUUGUGCUGAAGGCAAACACGACUGUGAGCAAAUCUGCGUGAGCUCUCCGGGCGCCUUUACCUGCGACUGCGAGCAGGGCUUCACGCUGGAGCAGGACAACAAGACGUGCAACAUGUUGGACUUUUGUUCUUUUGCUAAUGGGACAUGCGAGCACGAGUGUGUGAGCGUGCUGAAUGGGUUCAGGUGUCGCUGCAAAGACGGGUACCGGCUAAUGGACGACGGCGCCGCCUGCCAGGCCAUCGACUUGUGUGACGAAGCCAAAGACGACUGCGCGCAGAUCUGUGUGAGCUCUCCCGGCGCCUUCACCUGCGAUUGCGAGCCGGGCUUUACGCUCAACGCCGACAACCGGACGUGUGCGCAGUUGGACAUGUGUGACUUGCCGGAUCACGGAUGCGAGCAUCGGUGCGUGACUACGCCGGGCUCGUACUACUGCUUGUGUCCCGACGGGCAACUCCUGCAGGAGGACGGCAAGAGCUGCGGAACGUGCAAGUCGGCCAUCAUGGACCUGGUGCUGUUGAUCGACGGCUCCAAGAGUGUCCGCCCUCACAACUUUGAGCUGGUCAAGAAGUUUGUCAAUAAGGUGGUGGACACGCUGGACGUGUCGGAGCACGGCACCCGGGUGGGCCUGGUCCAGUACUCUAGUCGGGUCAAGACCGAGUUCACGCUAGACCGCUUCCACAGCGCGGAUGACAUCAAAGCUGCUGUUAACAAGAUGCCGUACAUGGAGAAGGGCACCAUGACGGGAGUGGCGCUGCAGCACAUGAUGGAGAGCAGCUUCUCAGAGACGGAAGGCGCCCGAGCACCAGCCCGCAACAUUCCUAGGAUCGGCCUAGUCUUCACCGACGGACGCUCGCAGGACGACAUCAGCGACUUCGCCAAGAAGGCCAAACAAGCCGGCAUCAUUAUGUACGCGGUGGGCGUGGGCAAAGCCUUGGAGGAGGAACUUCGCGAGAUCGCCUCGGAACCUUUGGAGAAGCAUUUCUUCUACGCCUCCAACUUUAGCGCGAUCAGCACCAUCGCGCUCAACCUCAACGUGUGUUCAGAGGAAAGUCAAGGUGAGAUCGAGGUGAAGGACCCGUGUGCCUGCGAGAACCUGGUGGAGUUCCAGCAGGCCACCGUCAGCAACCUGGAGCGCGUCACACACUCGCAUAUCCUUUCCAUGCGGGCAAUCCACGCUGCGUGUCCGUGUCACCCUACCACCACCACCAUCAGUUGUAACCGAGCAGUCAAACGCAUCCCACUGGACAUUUACCGUGUCGAGCAAGGCGUGCUUUUCACACAGUGCCUGGCUGAGUCGCUGUUGGCUUUCGCACAGUAGAUCCGUAGAUAGCGCCGGCACUCGGUGUGUCGAAUUCACACAAAGAUCCGGUGGCAUUACAAAAUCCCCACCGUACACGUGGGUUGAGUCCAAUCGAGUGAGCAUGUCUGAAACACAGACUUGUGCGAUCGUGCCCAAGACCGGAGAGUCUCGGAGACGUGGAUGUCAAGCGUUGAAUAUGCCGCAUCUCCAAAAUUGCUGCUGUUAACGUUCCACCUCAUUUGCUCAGCGUUUCCAGCCAAUCCAAGAUGUGACACACAACACCGUUGAUCCGGGCUUUCGGCCCUUGGCAUGCACGUGGGAGUCGCUACGCAAAGAUGACCAAAAAGCCCUCCUCAGGUUCCUCUCGCGUUUCACGCUACUGGGAGGGAAGCGCAAGAAGGCACAAGCCCGGGCUGUGACGCUCACUCAGUCCGAUCAAGGGCGUGGCUGUUUGGAAGAGCGCUAAGCGUUUGCUCCUUAACGUCCAGGCGUCCACUGGCUGCCGUGAGUGCCCGACUGGAGAAGCUGGAGCGACGGCUGUUUAACAGGAAGUGAGUGAGGCGCGCGCGGAAAGACGACAUCGAUGAUGACAGGGAGAAGCCGAACAACAAUGACGGGAUAAAGGAGGACAUCAACGAGAAAGGCGGCGACAGCAAGAACAUCACACCAACGACCUCGAGGACAAUGAGUACAACCCAACUAAGAGCAACGAACAAGUCAAUGAGAGCAAAAUAACAAUAAGAUACCGUUUGUCGCGCUCAUCAUUCUGGAAGGACGGGAAGUGCCGCUGUGGCUCUGGCAAUUUCCUUUUUCUGGUUGGAGUGACCACCGCCGCUCCACGAUUCCGACUUUCAACGGGACUUGGGCUGCCAUCGUGAAAAGGAAUGUUGGCGAUGAAGUUUGAGUGCGGGCGGAGUCGGCAAAGACACAGAUGUCUCGUUUAACAUUUAGAUGAUAUUUUGCUUUUCCACGUUUUGUACGCACCAGACAGACACCAAUAAACCACUUGGUGUGCGAAGUUGCUUGACAGCAGUAUUGGGAGGCGGCGGUACGUAGCUACAAAGCGCCAACCAAGCCUAAUGUGAAAGCGCUCAUUCAUGACCUAUACCGUGUUUCAAAAUCAUAAUGUACGUGAAAAAUAGCAACAUGAUAAAACCGAUUAACUUUUUGCUGCCGCAAAUGGAGUAGGCAUCCCAUCCAUUGGUCGUCUUUAAGCAUGCAAAGAAUACAAACUGGGAGGCGCUGAUGGUGUAGGGCAGGGGUGUCCAAACUUUUUGCAAGGAGGGACAGAUUUGAUAAAGUGAAGGGGCCCGGAGGCCGAUAGUUUUUUUCUGACAUUUUUUAACUACAAAAAUUUCAUGCAAAUACACACUGUUAUAAAACAAA